AUGUAUCAAUUCUAAUAAUAUGCCAUAUUAUCUAAUUAUUAAUUAAAUUCCUAAUAACAAAGAAUAAAUUAAAUUCAAAAUUAUAUAUGUUCUCUGUUAAAUGGUAAAUUAUAUUAAUUUUACAUUAGCUAAUCGCAUUUAUUUAUCCAAACUUUGCUAUUGUUUUAUCUAUUAUUGGUUGUAUAUGUUGUGUAACUCUGGUUAUAUUAUUCCUUAUUAUAUGACCUUUAGAUUUAUUGUUGAACCUCUUUAUCGAAUCCUGAACACUGCAGUAGUUUUAUUUGGAAUUAUUGGUGGAUUUUAUGGAUUAAUUGGACGUUUUAGUUGA